CAUAAACGUCUUCCUUCAAUAUCUAUCUUGCUCUCUCUCACACACAAAACACAUUAUCAUUAUUUUCACUUUCUCUUUAUUCUACUUCACACAAUUAUUUUAUGAAAACGUCAAGACCUAAUUGAAGAUUAUUCUCCAUGCAAGCCAGUAAGACGCAAACAAGUCAGAAGGAAAAAGAAGAAAUCAGCACGAAGAAUAGUACCCCUACAAGUACUACAGAUAUGUCUGGAUCAGAUGGAAACAUUAAUAAAGAUCCUGAAAAAUUGCCACCUGGUUUCCGAUUUCACCCUACCGAUGAAGAACUAAUAACCUUUUAUCUCAUCAACAAGAUCUCAGAUGCAACUUUUACAGGAAGAGCAAUUGGUGAUGUUGAUCUCAACAAAUGCGAACCCUGGGAACUUCCUGCAAAAGCGAAGAUGGGAGAAAAAGAGUGGUAUUUCUUUAGCCUUCGGGAUCGGAAAUAUCCAACUGGAGUGAGAACAAACCGAGCUACAAACACUGGAUAUUGGAAGACCACUGGAAAAGAUAAAGAGAUUUUCAACUCAGUAACUUCUGAGUUGGUUGGAAUGAAAAAGACGUUGGUUUUCUAUAGGGGGAGAGCUCCAAGAGGAGAGAAAUCUAACUGGGUAAUGCAUGAAUAUCGCAUUAACUCCAAAUCAGCGUUUAGAACUUCCAAGGACGAAUGGGUAGUUUGUCGUGUGUUCCAGAAGAGUGCCGGUGCCAAAAAGUACCCAACAACCCAAUCAAGAACAAUAAACCCUUACGCCCUUGAUACAGGCCAUCCCACUAUGCUUCCUUCACCAAUGAUGCAGCUGGCUGGAGAUCCCACUCAGUUCCUCUUCGCCAGAAACAACUACAACAUGACUAACCCGGAACUCGCCGAGCUCUCUAGGGUUCUUCGAGCUGGCAGCAGCGGCGGUGGAUCAUCAAACGGCGGGUUGAACCUUCCUUCUAUUCCAUCUCAAUACAACUACCCCGUCCCCGGAGGAGGCUGCCUCACUAUUUCUGGCCUGAAUUUGAAUCUAGGCGGACCGCCUACGCAACCCCUUUUUCGCCCUUUGCCGCCACCUCCACAGCUGCCAAUGCAGCUGAAUAAUCCCCAGCCGCCAAUGAAUUUGAAUCAACAUGACAUAAUUACGUCUUCCAUGAUGAGUAGUACUAGUGGCUCUUUUGUUCAUCAUCAUACUAGUACUAAUGGCUAUGGUACAGACAUGAACAACGUACCCAACGGACCUAACAACAACAGAACGUAUAUGAACGUGGAUCAUUGCAUGGAUCUUGAAAACUACUGGCCUGCCUAUUAGAGUGGAUCGUGGAAAAAUGUUAUUGCAUUACGAUUACUAUUACUAGUGGAAAAUUAAGUUAGCUCUUAAGUUGCUUUAAGAAGGAAUAUACAUAUAUAUAUAUAUAUAUAACUAUGAAAAUAAUAAUUGUUCCUUAAAGUAUUUGAUAGGAUAAAUAACCUUUGCAUAAUAUAUUUUCACGUACGAUGACAAUUAAGUACCCCAAGAAAUCAGGGUCUUGAUUAGCUUUGUGCUUCGUUUAGAUUUUAUAUUAAUAAUUUACUCCUGCUU